GCCAGCGCCUCCGGUUCAGUAGAAGACCAUGGUAACCGCCGCACUUCUGAGGCCAAUGUUUCGGGUUUCCGUAAAGACAGGAGUGCAGAUCGCGCAGAUCUCCUGCCACUGCAGACUCCCUCCGAGCGCCGCGUCGAACGGCAGACCGCUGCUCACCUGCGGAUGAAUAAACACGCCACUCACAGCGGACAAAAACUGACCGGACCUGAUCGACAGAAUCAUCAUGCACUGUCCAUUUCUAUUAAUAUUCAUCUGAAGAGAUUAAAGUAGAGAGGAGCCGGACACUGAAGUGAUCUUUGUCUAAGUUCGCAACUUCACAGUAUUCACAUCUCUCAGUGCUCCAGAUGAGCGUUGGGAUUUCGUGGCGGAUAAAAUAUUAAAUCACUGCAGUGGGGAAGAAAUGGAAGACAACCAGAAGCUGGUAGCCGCUUCCAAAGCACGAGUGGGGAGGACAUGCGGAGAGCAUCCCUGCAGAAAAGCGUCCCGGGGAAGCUCCAGGGAGCUGAUUGGCGUGGCGGCGUGCUGCGCGCUCUCGCUGCUCUCCUUGGGGGUUUGCUUUCUCGUGCACCUGAGGACGUCGGAGCUGCAGUCCAGGGUUUUGAAUCUGGAGCGGGAGCGGGACACCAGGCUGUCCGCGUGGUUCUCGCCCGACCACCAGGUAGAGCCGGUCAUUCUGGGGAGACUCGACCAAAUGCUGGAAGAGAAGCUGGCAGCGAGGUUGCCCAGGACACGAGAAGCCAGAGAAGCCCCUCACAGCUGCAUCUGCCCACCAGGACCUGCUGGUCCUCCUGGACGAGCUGGCUUUCCGGGUGACAAAGGAGCAAUGGGAAUACCUGGAAGACUGGGGUUAAAGGGUGCCGCUGGGGAGAAGGGGGCACCAGGCGAGCCAGGAUUGUCCAUUAUUGGUCCACGCGGUCCCCCGGGACAGCCUGGAACCAGAGGAUUUCCAGGAUUUCCAGGUCCAAUUGGAUUGGAUGGAAAACCAGGACAAAAUGGAAUGAAAGGAGACAUGGGUCCCAGAGGUCCAAAAGGAAUGCCUGGUGAACCAGGGCCCAAGGGGGAAAAGGGCGUAUGUGGAGAGUACUCUCAUAGGCAGAUACUGCCCAUCGGCGUGCGAACAAUGCACCAAAUAAGUCCUCUAAACCUAAAGCGCCUCAAGGGUGAACCUGGAGCCCAGGGCCCUCCUGGACCUCCAGGACCUCCUGGACCCCCUGGUCUGCCUGGGAGCCCAGGAGUGGCUGGCGUCAAUGGUGCCCCGGGGAAGCCAGGCGAGCCAGGGAAACCAGGAAAAGACCCACGGACACUGCCUGGAAUGAAGGGUGAGCCUGGGACACCUGGACAGAAGGGAGAUCGCGGUGAUGCUGGUCCUCAAGGACCCCAUGGUCCCCAGGGGGAAAAGGGGGAGCCCAGCACGGCAGGCAUCGGGAUUAAAGGAGAACCAGGGAUGCCAGGAUCCCCAGGACCUGUCGGACCCGCAGGACCACAGGGCAAUAAAGGAGAGCCAGGGUCAAAGGGUGAGACUGGACCUGAGGGGCCAUCUGGGCCAAGAGGUCCUCCAGGUCCAGCUGGUGAGCCAGGAAAAUCAGAAAUCAUCGACUACAAUGGCACCUUCAACAAAAAACUCAUGGAUAGUCUGAACCUACCUUUGAUGGGCCCUCCAGGACCCCCAGGCCCCCCUGGACUUCCUGGAGCACCAGGUUCAAAGGGAGAAGUUGGAUUACCAGGUCCUCCAGGACUUGAUGGGGAAAAGGGACCAAGGGGGAAGCCAGGAGACACAGGGCCAAUGGGACCUCCAGGGCCCGAAGGGCCUAGAGGGGAGAAUGGUCUUGUGGGCUUUUCUGGGCAGAAAGGUGAAAAAGGGGACAUAGGUCCUGCUGGAUCCCCUGGUCUGGAUGGUCCUACUGGUGAAAAGGGGGUUGCUGGGCCAUCAGGUCCUAUUGGAAUACCAGGCUUAAUGGGCCAAAAGGGUGAACCUGGGGAGAAAGGAGUGGCUUCAGAUAAGGUCUAUGGACCUCCAGGGCCACCUGGACCUCCAGGACCACAAGGGCCCAUUGGCCCUAUGGGCCCCCCAGGACAGUUAGGUCCAAAGGGGGAGCCUGGCAUUGGCAUAAAAGGAGACAAAGGAGGAAUUGGGCCGAAGGGGGAGAAAGGGGAUAGGGGGCACCUUGGCCUUCCUGGAGCUCAUGGUUUAGACGGCAAGCCUGGUCCAGUGGGUCUAAUUGGACCGGUAGGUAUUCAAGGACCAGCAGGACCAAAAGGGGAGAGGGGUGACAAAGGAGAUCCAGGUGUACCAGGACCAAGCGGCCCACCAGGCAUCCCUGGUUCAGUAGGACCACAAGGAAUAAAAGGGAACCGGGGAGAGAGGGGCAAGAAAGGCAACAGGGGGGCCAAAGGGGAUAAGGGAGACCAAGGAGCACCUGGAUUAGAUGCCCCCUGUCCGUUGGGUGACGAUGGCUUGCCGGUUCCAGGAUGUUGGAAUAAAUGACUCUAAAUCCAGACUGGCAUGUGUAAUUGUACAUAGAAUAUUUAUUUUUGUACUUUUCUGUGCUCUCUUUAAUGGAUUUAAAAAUGAAAACAUUAAAAUGCAGGAUUUUGUACAGACUUUAUUUUUAUUACUGAUAAUGUUUGCAUAAUGGAUUUUAUGUCUCUGCAAUAUUUCAAUAUGUUUGUUAAAAGAACUGUGCUGUUACUGCAUUUGCAUGAUAUUUGUGCAUAUUGUGAAGGGACAUUGCCCAUUAACUUAUUGGAUCAUAAUUUUUUUUUUUUUUCUAUGGACCAUGCUGCACUGAACUGUGGGGCUGGAAGAUGGAGUUUGGGCAUUUUUACGUUUUUACUUAAAUCCUUGUCAAAAUCACUUAAUUAUGCUGCAGGGGAAAAAAGAAAUGGUGAUUUUCUUAAAGUAUUAUCCCUUUACUGUAGCCCUCGCCAGCUGGUAUGAAUAGUGCCAAAUUAGUCUCCGGAUUGGCCAGUGAGCUGCAAUAUUAGGAUGUCCUGUGGCCAAGAAGGCUCUUGACUAGACCCUGCUGGACUGCUAGUGUGGAACAGCUUGAAAAUGAGCUGAUCGGUUAAAUGUUUAUCACGGCACAUGCAUAUCUUCAGUGUUGUAGCCUUUGCCGUUUCUUGAAUGAAGAAGAUAUACCACAGAUGAUCUUUUAAGUCUCUGUUUCAGUGAAAAAUGUAUAAUUUAAAUGCCCAGUUCAAAGUGAAAGUCUCAUUCUUUCUCUUGGACAGUAAAGUCCAAACAAAUAAUAAUUGAGAUUUUUCUCCAUUAACAAAGGGUGGGCAGGGCCAAAUUGGACUUUUCAAUUCAUUUUAUGCUUUAGCUUCACGUAUUAUCCUCUGGGGGGGGAGAUUUUUUGAUAAAAUGUAAAUACUUCAUGGCAUCUCCUGGCAAAUAUGUAGAGCCACUUACUGCUUUUAACAAUCAUGCACUGCUAUUAUAAUAUAGGAUAUUUUUGGUUGUCAAAUUAAUCUCAUGCAACACGAGAGAGCUUUCAAAAGGACAAAAUAUAUACAAUAUCUUUAAAAAUGCUGCUCGCUGUCAGGCAAGCUACUGCGACAGCUGUUUUUCUGCUAGUGUCCAGGUUACCUCAUUUCUUUCUCUGUAUCAAAAAUAGAAAAAAAACCUACUAAUGGACUUUGUAAAAAAAGAUCAGAGUUCUCAUUCAGAAGAAUACAUGGGGGCAUCAUUAAGCUACAUUCUUCUGACUAAUGCUUCUUUGUGCCAUUGUCUUUGUUAGGCUUCUGGUCCCUUCCUGGGAUCCAGAAUGUCCCACUGAUGCUGCUUGUUGGGAUAAACUUUUGCUUGGCCACUGUGGUUUCUGCUGUGUAAAUAUUGAGCUCAGCCUCUCUGACAGGUAGAACUCACAGAUGUCCUGUACACCACCAUCUGAAAAGCAACCCUUGUGCUGGAGUGAUCUUUUAGUAUUUCCUUCUAUCCAUUUCCCUACCAAUUUUAUUAUUGUUGUUUUCCGUUCUUCCAAUGAAUGAAGACCACUGUGUGACCGAGCACUCGCUUUUUAAUGUUAGUUAGCCACCAAUGAAAUUCAUUGCAAAUCUAUUCUGUUUCUGUAAACAGUACAGCUCUCCGCUGUACCCAUUAUACAUUCUGAAAUAUUUUGCUUUAUAAAGUACUGAAACUAAUUUUUGUUUAGAUGUAAUCGUAUAAAUAAGUUUUGUGUCAAUGUAAUCGAUGUUUUGAUGCAAGUCAGAAUCGAACAAACGCAUUAGUCCUCAUUCCAACUUGUUCACAAGUGUGAUAUUUCAUGGACAUUGUCGUAUGCAUAAGCAAAAGUAAAUUAAACCUUA